AUGCUGUUCUUCAGCUUCUUUAAAACCCUCGUUGACCACGAAGUCACCGUUGAACUCAAAAACGACAUCUCAAUUAAAGGCAUACUCAAAUCGGUCGACCAAUUCCUGAACAUCAAGCUCGAUGAUAUUCAGGUGGUUGAGGAGCUGAAGUAUCCCCAUUUGUCAUCCGUCAAGAACGUUUUCAUACGGGGUAGUGUCGUGCGGUAUGUGCACUUGCCUGGGGCAGCGGUAGACGUGGCGUUGUUAGAGGAUGCUACGAGGAGAGAAGCGGCAUCGCAAGCAUCUAAACCUCGAUGA